AUGUGCAGCUGCUUCCCAUGUCUUGCAGAUGAUUGUCAAGCCCGGGUUCUGCGCUGCUCCCCGUACGCUAGAACUACAACUCCCAAGGUGCCCUGCGACCUGAGAGUGCGCAGGCGCCUGGGUGACGGAGGGGGAACCAGCCUCACAGACAGCGCGGUCGAGGUGGGGGCGCUCCCGGCGGGCGGAUCCGGCAACUCCCUGGGAGGCAGACACAGGCAGGCGGGCGGGCGGGUGCUGGGGACCGGGCUGCGGCAGUCCUCGCGUGUCUGUGAAGGAGUCGGUGGCCCCCGCAGGCGCCAGUCAGCAGAAACGAAGUGA